AUGCCCGCCAAACGCCAACCCGUCUCCGUCUACAACGGCAACGCGCCGCAGCCGCAAGGUUACGCAAAAGCCGUCAUCGACGGCCUCACAGCGCCCGAGAACCGGAGUGUCCUGACCGCUGUCGGACUGUUCGCUGGCGUAGAGGAUGUUCUCGUUGCGGUUUGUGUUGGUGCGGCCGGUGCGGUCGAUGCGACAGCAUGGCUACAAGCGGCUGGGAGGGUACACAACAGCCAUACAAAGGGGAUAGGGGAAAGGGGCUGCGCUGCUAUACGAUAG